AUGGGUGUGAUGGCCGUCGGUCUAUUCAUCACGAUUCUCCUCCUUUUCCAUCAAACUUCUUCGUCGAUUCAACAAAGCAAUCAAUUGGAUCAAUCCACAUCUCCGAAUGAUCGAGAUGAAAUUCUGUCUGGUGAUCGUAGUACUUUGAACUGUAAAAAAGAUUGUCCGGACACCGUUCUCUUGAGAUCUUGUCAAAGAAAUCUGAAUCAAACCCAACAAGAAAUCGUCGAGGCCCAAGGAAAAAUCAGCGGACUCGAGAGGGAAAUCGCAAGAGAGCGGAACGAAACGAGGGACAAAGACGUCGAGAUGAGUCGAUUGACAGCAGAAAUGGCUCAAAUCGAGGCGAAUUUAAUGGGGAAAAUCACCGAGACGAAAAGGAAGAAUGACGACCUCGAAGCACAAUUAAGAACCCAAAAUACGGAAGCAAGAGACGGAAAAGCCAAGAUUCGAGAGCUUGAAGGGAAAAUCAACGCGUUGCAGAGCAAGACCUCUGACCCGGAAACCCAAAUAAAUCGAACCAUGAAUCUCUUGGAUCUGUAUCGGGAUGGAUGGUCGUAUUUGGCAAAAACCGCUUCUUGGUACAAGGCUUUCGAUCAAAAUAUGAGAUUCGAUGAAGCCGUGGCAUAUUGUGCAAGUCAAAAGGGCCAUUUGGUCACAAUUCACAGUCAGGAAGAAAACGAUUUUGUUCGGAAACUCGGGAAAACUGUUACUUCAGAUUGGGUGUUCUGGAUCGGACUGAAGAGAAAUUGGAACAAAGAAAAUGCUUUUGAAUGGACGGAUGGAAGUUCGGUGGAUUUCACGAAUUGGGAUGAAGGGGAGCCGUAUUUGUACACCCACACUUAUCUUGGGAGCUACGAUGGGAAAUGGCGGGUCUAUGCUCCUUUCUACCAGUUGGGUCUUAUCUGCAAAAGUCGCUCUCAAUUC